GAGGAGACCUACGGAUUUCUUAGCACUCCCUGUAUGUUAUGUGCCAUCAGAAAUGUGUAUAGAGAAAAGUGUUAUUUAUUUGCAAUAAUCCGAGUUGGGGAUUGUUUUUAUUUAUUUUUUCAUGAGGAACUGACUAAUUCACUUUCUGGACAAAAGAGUCUGGAAAGAUUUUGCUCCCCACUAUUAAGGAUUUGGGGCAUCUGUCGGUUCUGCAAUGUCUUGCUCUGACGCACGGACUACUAAAUUGUGCUCUCUCUGAGACAGCGCUAUAGAUCAAAUGGCUAUAGGUCUUGCGCAUAUGGCGACAUGGUUUCAGGCUGACGCCAUACAGCACAGGGGCUUUCUCGUUUAUUUGAGAAGUUGCACAUUGCAUAUGUUUUCCUGGACAAAAGCAAUGGGUAACUCCUAAGCUGUGACUGGAGAAUAAACAGUGCAAAAACAGACGCGGAGAGUGUGCGCUUGAGAGAGGGAAUAAAGAGGUGUGCACUUGUUGUUUGGAAAUGAUUUUGCUAUUUCUCUUCUUCUCGGUCUUGGAUGGAGGGCUAUCGCAGCUGCACUUCUCGGUACCGGAGGAGCAGGAGCGCGGGACGGUUGUGGGAAAUAUCGCCGAAGAUCUGGGGCUGGACAUCACCAAACUUUCCUCGCGCCGUUUCCAGACCGUGCCUAGCUCGCGCACGCCGUACCUGGAGAUAAACUUGGAGAACGGCGCGCUGGUGGUGAACGAGCGCAUCGACAGAGAGGAGAUAUGUCGCCAGACCGUCCCGUGCCUCCUGCACCUCGAAGUGUUUUUGGAGAACCCGCUCGAGCUGUUCCGUGUCGAAAUCGAGGUGAUGGAUAUUAACGACAAUCCUCCGAGUUUCCCGGAGACGGAAAUCACCGUGGAGAUCACCGAAAGCGCCACACCGGGCACCCGGUUCCCUGUGGAGAAUGCCUUCGAUCCAGAUGUGGGGACUAAUGCCCUGAGCACCUACGCAAUCACCACCAACAACUACUUUUACUUGGACGUUCAGACUCAAGGCGACGGCAACCGCUUCGCGGAGCUCGUGCUGGAUAAACCCUUGGACCGGGAGCAGCAAGCGGUGCAUCGCUACGUUCUCACCGCCAUGGACGGAGGGCAGCCGCAAAGGACCGGCACCGCAUUGCUGGUGGUUAAAGUGCUGGAUUCCAACGACAACGCGCCCACGUUCGAUCAAUCGGUGUACUCUGUGAGCUUGCGCGAGAACUCUCCAGUUGGCACGCUCGUUAUUCAGCUGAACGCCACUGAUAUGGAUGAGGGCCAAAACGGAGAGAUUGUUUACUCUUUAAGUAGUCACAAUCCGCCGCGCAUUCGGGAUCUGUUUAACAUUGACUCGCGCACCGGGAGGAUUGAAGUGACCGGCGAGGUGGAUUACGAGGAGAGCAGCACCCAUCAGAUCUACGUGCAGGCGAAAGACAUGGGAGCGAACUCCGUGCCCGCGCACUGCAAAGUUCUGGUCAAACUCAUCGACGUGAACGACAACACACCGGAGAUCAGUUUCAGCACCGUCACCGAGUCGGUGAGCGAGCAGGCUGCCACGGGCACGGUGAUCGCUUUGCUGAGCGUCACAGACCGUGACUCCGGCGAGAACGGACAGAUGACAUGCGAGCUGCACGGCGAGGUGCCGUUCAAACUCAAAUCGUCUUUCAAAAACUAUUACACCAUCGUCACGGACGGUCCGCUGGAUCGCGAAAAAGCGGAGUCGUACACACUCACGGUGCUCGCGAAAGAUAAGGGGGUGCCCUCUCUCUCCACGAGCAAGUCUAUCAAAGUUCACGUUUCGGACGAAAAUGACAAUGCACCCAGGUUCAUGCAGUCGGUUUACGACGUGUAUGUGACGGAGAAUAAUGUCCCGGGCGCUUACAUUUACGCGGUAAGCGCCGUGGACCCUGAUGUUGGACAGAACGCCUAUGUCACUUACUCCAUAUUGGAGUGCGAAAUACAGGGUAUGUCCAUUUUAACCUACGUGUCAAUCAACUCCGAGAACGGCUAUCUAUAUGCGCUGCGCUCUUUCGAUUACGAGCAGAUCAAAGAGUUCAGUUUUAUGGUGCAUGCCAAGGACUCCGGUGCCCCCGAGCUAACUGCCAACGCCACCGUUAAUGUCCUCAUCGUGGACCAGAACGACAAUGCGCCGUCUAUAAUUGCGCCUCUCGGCAAAAACGGCACCGCGAGGGAACAUUUACCCCGAUCAGCCGAACCUGGAUACCUGGUGACCCGUAUUGUAGCCACAGAUGCGGAUGAUGGCGAAAACGCUCGCCUAUCUUACAGCAUCCUCCGGGGAAACGAGCUCGGGAUGUUCCGGAUGGACUGGAGAACCGGCGAGCUGCGCACCGCGCGUCGGGUGUCCAGCAAACGGGACCCUCCGCACCCGUACGACCUGUUGAUCGAGGUGCGCGAUCAUGGGCAGCCGCCGCUCUCCUCCUCGGCGAGCAUUAACGUGGUGCUCGUGGACAGCGUGGUAGUGGGCCGGAGCGGCGACCGGGGCUCUGUAAAGUCCAAAGAAGGCUCUCUGGACCUCACACUCAUCCUCAUCAUCGCGCUCGGCUCCGUGUCCUUCAUCUUCCUCCUCGCGAUGAUCGUGCUGGCGGUGCGCUGCCAAAAGGACAAAAAACUCAAUAUCUAUACGUGCAUGGCCGGAGACUCGUGCUGUCAGUGUUGCAGUCGCCAGGCGCGCGGACGCAAGAAGAAACUCAGUAAAUCAGACAUCAUGCUCGUGCAGAGCACUAACGUGACAAGCACGGCACAAGUGCCGGUGGAGGAGUCCGGAAACUUCGGCUCGCACCACCAGAACCAGAACUACUGCUACCAGGUAUGCCUGACACCGGAGUCCGCUAAAACCGACCUGAUGUUCCUCAAACCGUGCAGCCCAUCCCGGAGCACAGACACAGAGCACAAACCGUGCGGAGCAAUCGUUACCGGAUACACGGAUCAGCAACCAGACAUCAUCUCCAACGGGGGCAUUUUAUCAAGCGAGACCAAACACCAGAGAACUGAGCUCAGUUACCUGGUGGAUAGACCCCGUCGCGUGAACAGUUCAGCAUUUCAAGAGGCAGAUAUCGUCAGUUCUAAAGACAGUGGACAUGGCGAUAGCGAACAAGGUGACAGCGACCAUGAUGCCACCAACCGUGGCCACACAGCAGGAGCUGAUCUUUUCUCCAACUGUACUGAGGAGUGUAAGGCUCUGGGUCACUCUGACCGUUGCUGGAUGCCCUCCUUCAUGCCUGGCGACAGUCGCCAAGGUGCCGAUUACCGUAGCAACCUGCACGUCCCGGGAAUGGACGCUGUGCCAGACACUGAGGUACUGGAGAGCGUGCUUCCUGGCGAUGCGUGCAAUCGGGCCGAUGAUAGAUCAUUCUCUACGUUCGGCAAAGACAAGUCACACCACGGCAUGCUCAUACACCACGAGCUACACACACUCUUACCAAGGGCCCGAGCGCCAUACAAACCCAACAAUCUGUGUGAGUACUCGCUCAAAGUGUACGAAUUCUGAAACCGCCAGAUCUGAUCUGUUCCAAAUAUAACCCAUGGCUCUGUUUGUACAGAAUUAUUUAUAUUUCUAAAAAAACAAAAAAAACAAUGUAAUCAUAUUUCUCAAAAAACACUUUCUUGACGUAUUCUGUCACUAUCCAAUUUGUUAUCCCCUUUCCUUCAAAAAAUGAAAUCAAUCAAUCAAUCAAUAAAUCAAUAAAUGUAUAAUAUAUGGACAUAUCAAUAAAGGACUUUUUUGAGUGAAAUUGUGGAGUUGUGUCCAACAUUCUGUCCUCCCCCCUGCCCUCUAAAUUCUCCCACCCAAAGAAUUUAAUGGCACUGGUGAAUGAAUGUGCCAUUACAGAUUUGCUUAUUGGCUAAUAAAGGCUGAACUUCCAACUAAAACAAUUAAUCCUACAUAAUAUACACUGUGUGCUGUGACUUUUCCUUAAGCUGAAAUCUAUGUACAUAAUCUUUAAAGCAUGGUAUGCCUAUGCAAUUCAUAUCUCACCACAUUGGUAACACGUAUGUAUAUCUUUAUAUUUAAUGCAUAAGUCUGUAGAUAUAGUUAUAAAGGUAUUUAAUGCAUUAUAAUGCAUUCAUUAUCACUUUGGUGAUAAUAAAUAUUACAAUUAGUUAUAUAUUCUUGUGUAUAAUUGUUUCAACAGGUAUAAUACAUUAUAAUACUUAGCAAUUCAUAGUUAUAUCAUUAAAAAACACAUGAUCAACACCAAAUUCCAUGUUUUAUUUUGUGUUUUAAUGCUUAAUUGUGCAAACAUAAUUAGGUGAAUAUUGUAAUUUACUACAACAGUGGUAACAAAACGUAUGAAAAGAUCAUUUUCAUUACAAUGUGUUUGAUAAGGCAUUAAGAAUACCUUUAUAAUGGAUUUUACACUAUACAAAGACCGCAAGAAAAGUUAUUUUAACAUCAUUACAUGGUUUUACAUUUCACAUAGCCACUAUUUAGCGCAUUUACAUCUGUGGUAUCAAUCAUGGUGCAUGUUUAUGUCAGUGUACACACAAAACACAACAUGCCAUAUGGAAUUACUAUAUAACUGUAAUAACAUCCAUAUAACAUGUUUUUUGCUCUGGUGUAAACAUUAUCCAGAAUGUAUAUGCAUUAGUGACCAAAUCCUACAAUAUUUACCUGUUUUUCUGCCAUAUUGUCAUACAUUGUAACCCUGUCUAUUCUAAUUACCAUAUGUCACAGCUCGACUUUAAUCACACUUGUGACAGCAGUCAAAGCAUCCUGCCUCCUCGCCUCUGACUAUAGUAUGUAAACUGUGGUGGUGUGUAUGCUCGCAGCAGCUGAUAUUAUCCUGCUCUUUGGCAUUUCAAAGACAUCUGUUUUAAUUUAGUACGUACUAGGGUUGCAGCGGUAUGAGAUUUUCAUGGUACGAUAACUGUCUCCGAAAAUAUCACGGUUUCAUGGUAUACGGUGUUAUACAAUUAUUAUUAUCAGUUUCAAUGACCCUUAAAGGAGUGAAACAGAAGGGUUUUUUUUUUUUUUUUUUGGUUGAACAAAUGCUUUAUUAUAAUUGAAACUAUUUUUUUUUUGUUUGUUUUUUUUUUUAAUGGAAGUAUGUGUAAAAAAAAAAAAGUCUCCCUUUUGAAAAUAAAUAGAAUAAAUAAGAAAGCUAACAUAAUUAUAAUAAUAAACCAAAUUAUAAACAUGAUAAAAAAAAAAUUGCAUGUAACUAUAACAUGUUAUAUAACUAAAGCAUGUUAGUUUACAUGUUAGCAUAGCAUGUUAAAUUAAAUACUAAAUUAAAAAUAACAGCUGUGUAAGCUUUUAAAGUAAUGUCCUAUGAUUAUUAACAAUUAACAUAUACUGUAGGUGCAUGACAGCACAGCCAGACUGCUCCUGUCUGUACCUUUAACUCAGUGGUUCUCAACUGGUUUUGCUUCAGGACCCAGAUUUUACAUUGGAAAUCAAAUGGUGAUUCACCAUAGUAAAAACGUAGCCUGUAUUUAAUGUAUCCUGGGUCACAUUUCCUUUUAUGUUGCAUAGUUUUGGUCAAAGCAAGAAUGUUCUUGACUGUACUUCAGCAUGCCGGUGACUCGGCUGUAGGCACGAUUAUGAGCAUGAUAUUCCUUUUAUGCAACAGUUCUGUGAACAAGAAAUUGAGUAUCUUACAUUUUCUAGACAAAAUAUGGCCAGUUUCUGUAUUUUGUUCAUUUUUGCUCCUCCACGAGAACAGUUACAAAAGAAGUCAAAGCAAAAUCAACCAAUGCAUGUCACAUAGCAAACCAGGCUGAUAGCCUGUCAAGAACAGUGAACACAGACUCACAAGCGUUAAUCCCAUAAAAGUGAUAUGUUACAUUUUAAGUUAAAAUUAUAUAUAUAUAUAUA